AUGCGAUCCAAGGUGACGAGCGAGAACACUUGGGAGACUAAGUGGGCCACGGAAUCGUCGCAGAGCGGCAAAGGCGUGCGACACGCCGCCAAGAGAACGGGAACGUCAGGACUGAGGCUGUCGAGGUCCGCGCGGGGAAACACGGCGCGGGAGAGAUCCCUCAGAAGGCUGGAGAGCAAUAAACGGGAGCGCAUGAGGAUGCACAGUUUGAACGAUGCUUUUCAGUCAUUGCGCGAGGUGAUCCCGCAUGUCACCAAAGGCAGACGACUGUCGAAAAUCGAGACGCUGACGUUGGCGAAGAAUUACAUAGUGGCCCUGACGGACGUGAUAUGUGCCAUAAGAAGCGAGGAGCAGCCGGAGGACCAGCAGACGAGCGUGCACGAGGCUCAGGCUUCCUCGGACGGCGAGCGAUUGGAGCCGAGUGUCGUUCGCGUCAACAUCGCCAGCAGAUCGUGCGGCUCGGAGACUCAGAACUUCUAUCAGAGUGAUCAUUCGCGGUGGGAGGACGAUCUUAACAAUUGCACGGGCCUUUGAAAAGUCCAAACGUUUUAUUAUUAGAGCACGAUUCGGCGAAUUGAGAUCUCUUCCACGAGCGGCGUUUUCACCUGUCUUCCUCUCUUAGUCGCGCAUGCCUUUUUGUUCGGCAAAGCUGUCUUUUGACGCGCCUGUAUGAGCCUUAGCGUUACUAAUAACCCGACUGACGUGUAGUGACUUAAGAGGAUCUUCAAUGUGUGCCAAAGAAACCUAGCGAGUGUAAAAGAAAAGAAAACGGAAAGUGAUAUAUACGCGUACGGAUGCUGAUUAAUACUAAUACAUUUAUAAGAUUUUAUUUCGUAUACGACGCUGUUAGUUUCCAUAAUAAUGCGAGAUGCAAAGAGGAGAAGAAGAGUAUAUAUAUAUAAUUUCGAGAAGUAUAGUUUACAGAAGCACAAAUGUUUUGUAUUUACGCGCGAAGAAAGUUCGAGAGUUGCGUGGCGGAUUUUCGUGCAACGUUAAUUCCAUGAACGAAACUAUAAGAUUUUAUUAAUUCGCCAUUUUCUGGGCCUGUGUACACCUUGCCAUUGAGGUUCACAAGAGCAAACGGGCUAUAUAAAUAUAACUAUAAUAAAUAAAAUAUAU